GCCAGCCAAUCAGAUCGUCUCUGUCGGGUGGGCAGCAUUGUUGCAGUCGCCGCGUGCUACCUUUCAAGCUAGAAGCCGUCAUUGGACGCCCUUUGGACGGUGUGUUGCAUAGAUGGAGAUAGGAGAAUGGUAAUCAGUUACCACAUUUGGCACCGUCCGCGCAUUUCGAGCCCAAUGUUUAUGGUUUUUGUCCAAAUGCGUUUUUUCACUCGGGUUUGACUCAGAACGGAAGAUUUCUCCGUGCUUAUUCUGACCUUUUUACACAUCGUUGACCGGUUAUUUUUGUCCUGCUUGUGAUGAGUAAGUCUAGCCGAUAAUCUGCAAAGGGAAUUUAUGUUGUUGAGAUUAUGGAUAACGGUCAUGUUUUGGCGCAACCGGCCUCCCAUGGUCAGCAGCGCUAUUCAUCGUGGAAUAUAAGUUCGCCCGAUCUGCAUAAGCUGAAUCUGACCCAUCCGGCAGCUGUGGCGGCCGCUGCAGCCAUUUCCAAAGUACGUUGGCCGACAGGCAGCGUGAAUUACGACAUGGUCAGUCUGGAGAUGGAGGAGCCGUCCGCCGGGACACCGGGCCAUGGACAUGGCGUAAACAGUGACCUUUACGGCAUCCAGGCAGCAGCCGUAGCGGCCCAGCGCUCGGCCAACGCCGCGGCGGCGGCGGCCGGUUAUCACAGCCACCACGGCGCUGGCCAGCUGCUGCCCGGCUCGGUGAUGAUGGGCCACUUCCCCGUCCAUCAUCCCAUCAGCAAACAGGUGGCUUCUCGGAAAUAUCCCUGCAAAAUGUGCUCGCAGAUCUUCGAGUCGAAAACGGAAUACCAGAUGCACAUCCAGUCGCACAUGCGCGAACCCAAACCCUACAAAUGCUCGCAGUGCAGUAAGUCCUUCGCCAACAGCUCCUACCUAUCGCAGCACAUGCGCAUCCACCUGGGCAUCAAACCCUACCACUGUGACAUUUGCAAGAAGAAAUUCACCCAGCUCUCCCAUCUGCAGCAGCACGUCCGCACCCACACCGGCGACAAACCCUACAAAUGCCACCACCCCGGCUGCCACAAGGCCUUCUCGCAAUUAAGCAACCUGCAGUCGCAUUCGCGCUGCCACCAGACCGAUAAGCCCCACAAGUGUAACAGCUGCUAUAAGUGCUUCUACGAUGAAGCCGCGCUGCAGGAGCAUAUCCCCAAGCAUAAGGACUCCAAGCAUCUCAAGACGCAUAUCUGUAGUUACUGCGGGAAGAGCUAUACGCAGGAGACGUAUCUGGCACGGCAUAUGGCUAAGCAUUCCGAUAAGAUGUUGAGUGGAGGUGGAGGAGGAGGAGGCGAGAAGCAGCGCCAUGCGGCGGCGGUGCAAGCGCUGGCUAGUGCCGCUAACGCCCGCAAUACAAACGACAUCUACUGGCCGAAGCAGGAGUCCAGUCUGGACAUGUCAGCCCUGCACCACUCGCGCCUACCGCUCUCCGACGAUCUCUACAGUCCCAUGGCCACGCCCUACAGUUACAGCUACCCCACCCCGCUGCCCCAGUACCCCGCCGGCCACACCCCCUACGACACCAUGCCCCCGGGCAACAAAUACCACCACCGCGGCAACCUGUACUACGACCCGUACAAACCCAUGGACAACGGGAAGAACCCGCUGACGGCCGCCGAACAGUUCGGCUACAACGGUGUCCAGAUGCGCAGCUUCAACUUCGGCAUGAACGGCAUGCCGACGAUGCUGGAGGGCGGCCCGGAGAUGGGCCGGAAGGAGAGCUUAAAGCUGCCGCGGUUUUAGAUGUAGAAGCUCGUUGGCAAGCGUGGCGUUAAAGAAUCAUUUUCUUUUUGGUCUCUCUUUGUACUGCAAUUAGGUAAUACGGUGUGUAUGUGUUCGUUGGGGUUUUUUUUUAAUUUCUUGUGUAAAGGGUGGGGUGUCGUUUACUGCCGUGACCUUUGAGUUUUUCUUAAAAAUCGCAGUUGGACGAAUGGUACUUGGAAGUGUCACAAAUAAAAAAUUACUCUACUGCAGCU